CUGUGCCUCCUGAUGACCACAUCCCACGAAUGGGCGGCUGGUGCUCGAAGGAGGUGAGUAAAAAGGAAAACAACAGUAAAAGCAAACACAAAAGAAGCCAACGUGAGCUCAGCCGCCGCUUCCCCUUCUUACGACACCGCUGCUCUGCUUUCUUCCGGGAUGGACUUUUUUUUUUCCCCCUUCUUAAGCCAGGGUAUAAAAUGGAAACUGAUCCCAGCAGGGGAGUCGCUGCCUGCUGCAACCAUGGCUGCGAUGGGUGCCCUCUUCCGAACGCUUCUUCUACUGGGACUCGCCGGCGCCAAGAGGUUCCCGUGCUUCCCUGAGUAUUGCCUCCGUGACCGGGACUACGAGGAGCUGCUGGGCAUCGUGAAGCACGGGCUGGAGCCCACGAGGCGCCCGUCCGACGUGGUCGUGGUCGGGGCUGGGAUCAGCGGGCUGACGGCGGCCAAACUGCUGCGGGACGCCGGCCAUAAGGUGACCGUUCUGGAAACCAGCGAUAGGGUGGGUGGGAGGAUCAGGACGUACCGUGAGAAGGAUUGGUACGUGGAGCUGGGAGCCAUGCGCCUGCCCAGCAAACACAGGCUGGUGCGUGAGUUUAUAAAGCAGUUUGAGCUGAAGCUCAACCCGUUCCACCAGACGGAUGACAACGCCUGGUAUUUUGUGAACGGCAUCCGAGCCAAAGUGGCAGAAGUGAACAGGAACCCAGACAUCCUGAAUUACACCCUGAGGCCGGCGGAGAGGGGAAAAAGCGCCAGCCAGCUCUACAGGGAAGCUCUGCACUCGGCUUUCAAGCAGUUCCAGACCACGGACUGCAAGGAGUACCUGGCUAAACACGACUCCUUCUCCACCAAGGAAUAUUUGAUUAAAGUUGGGAAUCUGAGCCGGGGAGCUGUGCAGAUGAUCGGAGAUUUGCUCAACGAGGAGUCGGGCUUCUAUCUGUCCUUCCUCGCCUCGCUGUGGGAUUUCGACAUCUUCUCUCAUGGGGAGAGCUUCGACGAAAUCACCGGAGGUUUCGACCAGCUGCCCAAAGCCUUCCACAAAGCGCUGCCGGGCGCCGUCAGGCUCAACUGCACGGUGGAAAAGAUCAUGACGAAGGGAGGGAAGGUGAGGGUGUUCUACCGCGCUCCCGAUACCCUCGCCCCCAGCAUAGAGACUGCAGACUACGUCCUCGUCACCUCCUCGGCCAAAGCCACCAGGCACAUCCAGUUCUUCCCACCUCUCUCCCCUACCAAAAACGACGCCCUGCGCUCCAUCCACUACGCCAGCGCUUCCAAAAUCGCUUUGGCUUGCACCGAGAAGUUCUGGGAGAAAGACGGCAUUCGAGGAGGGCAAUCCAUCACCGACCGCCCCUCCAGGUUCAUCUACUACCCCAGCCACAACUUCUCCAGCGGGGUCGGGGUCGUCUUGGCCUCCUACACCUGGAACGACGACGCCGAGUUCCUCGCGCCUUUGGCGGACGAGGAAUACCUGGAUCUGGUCCUCCAGGACCUGGCGGACAUCCACCAGGUGAGCAAGAGUUACCUGCAGUACGCCUGCGACCGCUACGUCAUACAGAAGUGGCAGCUGGACAGGCAUUCGCUGGGAGCCUUCGCUGCCUUCACGCCCUACCAGUUCACCGAUUACUCGCGGGCCCUCUUUGAGCACGAGGGCAGGGUGCAUUUUGCAGGAGAGCACGCGGCCCAGCCGCACGCCUGGAUCGACACGGCCAUGAAAGCGGCCGUGAGGGCGGCCAGCAACAUCCACGACGACAGCGAAACCCAAAGCCUUCGCCUCGGCCCCCCGGAGGGCGGCGGGGAAAAGGGGGAGCUGUGAGCUGCCGGGGUUGGGGGUUGCAACGUUCUUUUGGGUGAGGUCCAUCCCUUUCCAUGAAGAUUCGGCCAACAGCGCGUUGGCAGGAAAGGUGUUAAAGGAAAAUAAUUGAGGGGAAAAGCAAUACGUCCUCAUAUGGGAUGCUGGCAGCCUCCUGGUCCAACGCUCGGGAAAGCGGGGGAUGCCUGAAAGAGAGCCAGCUUCACGUAGGUCCUGCGGCCUCGACGCAACGCGGAGAGUCCCAGUUUGUGCAGGGAACGGCGCUGGUGGAAU